ACUCAACUUUCUAAAACUUGUAAGCUUAAGACAUAAUCAAAAAACCAUUUGUCAUAUACAUUUCUUAUACAUUUGUUGUACUUGUCAUACCAGGCUUCUUUCUAGCAUAUUUGAUUUUAUCACGUACUUAAAUACAGAUAAUUGUCAAAUGCCUAUGUUGCCAAAGGUCAUCAGUACCAAACCUAUGCUUAAAUGCAUUGUUUUUUGCACAUAAGCCAAGUUUUAUGCAUCCUUGAGAUUCUGCAUUCACAUUCUCUUCUUGUGGUCUUCAUAGAAGAGCUCGAGGCCCCGGAUACACUGCAUGAAAAAUCCUACCCGCUUCAGUAAUUUGUAGCUUUGUGAUUCUCCAAAUCAAGAAAAUUUGCAUAUUGGGGGAAAAAAAAAGAGAGAGAAUAAAGGAUAAGAAACUUUUAUCUAACAAGAACCUAGUCACUUGAUUGCAUUUGACUAGGUUGCCAAGAUAUAGUUAAAACCUGGAGAGAAGAAACAGAACAUUGCUCCCAUUUAAGAAUAUAUGUUUUAGUUCAUUUGUCUUGUAGUUGUGGAAGAUGGCAAUGAUCUAGUUGAGGCAUCUUGUGAAGUUUGGGAGAGGCACUCUCUGUUUAUCCACAGCACAUCAAAUUUUUUCCAGUCAAACUAAGUUUCAUAGCGGAGCCUCAUCUUCUAAGUGGCCUAUACCAAGGAUUGAUGAUAUUGGUGGAUGACAAUAAUUAAGCCAUACCGGAAAGACAGGAUGGAAACGAUAUAUAUUUUGAUCUGUGGUGUGUCAUUGAAAGAUUUAAAUGCCUAUACAUAGUAAUUGCCUCUCGAACCUAAAUAUAGCACAGAUCACUAAAAUUAACUCAGAAGAUCGCAAGUAUUUUUUUUUUCCCCCUUUACAACUGCAGUUAUUUACCAUUAUUUCCUGAGUUAGUUCACUCAAAUGAAUGUUAACCGAGCUCCAACCCUGCCUAUGAUCUAUGUGAUAUUAUGAAAAUCUAGGUUUGGACAUUGAUUUAGUUCAUUUUGCAUCAUUUUGGCAACCAGAGAAAUAAUCCAUACUGGUCUGCCAAUUCAGACCUCGAUUUGAACAUCGAAUAAUGAUAUGGGAAUCAUUUAGUGGUGAUUGCUUUAGUUGGAUGAAAUAUAUUGGUAGUAUCGCAUUUUCACCCAUGCUGGACUAGUUAGGAUCUCUGUUGUCUGAGGUGGCUGUCCCAUGUGUUGUGUGUUGGUGCAUUUGUCCAUUUUCAUAUUGCUUUAUUACUAUGAGCAACUUAUAUUGCACCUACUAUGACCAGAAAUGGAGCAAAUUCCAGUUGUAUAGAGUACCUCUGGAGCUGGAUAAUAAAAAGUUGAAGAAGCAAAUGAAGAAGAAGAAUUUCUACAGGAGCGCUCAGAAUGAUGAGAAAGCACUUGUGUCAUUUAAAAUCACUUCCGUUCCUGAGAGACGACCAUAUCUAUUAUCAAGGGAUUAUGUCUUUGUGCGACGAUCAGGAAAGAAGACCAAAUUUGAGGGAAGACUGAUUGGGGUGGUAAAGAGUACUCACAUAUUGACCGAGUUUGGAAAUGAUUUUCUCUCAAAUUAUUCUCCAUCAUACAAGUAUGAUGUUAGCUUUUCCUUCAAUAGAACCUGUUUAAAGAGAUCUCACCAGGCUGUGAAGGCUGCAUUAGCUCCUUCGUUUCAUCAUGUGCUUUUCCCAAGUUGUCACCCAAGAACCACAGAGAUCUCUCUACCAUCUGCAUCUUUUUUGAAUCAGCGUUUCGGAGUUGAUCAAAUGUCAGCAAUCCAUAAUAUUUUACGGCUCAAAGGUCCUCCCCCUUAUCUCAUAAAUGGACCACCUUCUGUACCGCAGAAAAACUCUACUCUCUCCACAGUUGGGACUACCAUUACAGAAGCAAUCUUCCAAAUUUACUUCCACAUGAAUGCCAGCCGCAUAUUGGUGACUUCUCCUAAAAACCACACUUGUGAUACACUUAUCAGUUGCCUGAACAAAAGAAUUCCAGACUCGGAUCUGUUCCGUGCCAAUGCCAGUUUUCGAGAGGUCGAAGACGUGCCAGAUGAUGUCUUCCCGCUGUGCUCGCACGACGGCGAAUGUUUCUCCAGUCCUUCACUCUCUGAUCUCCACAAGUUCAGAGUGAUAGUAUCAACUUUCAUGACUUGUUUCAGGCUUCAAAACAGUGGCAUCAGCCCUGGCUAUUUCUCUCAUAUUUUCAUGGUGGAUGCUUCUUCAGCCACUGAACCUGAUACAAUGGUAGCACUGGCGAAUUUUGUAACAGAUGAGACAGCAGUUGUAAUAACAGGUACGCAAACGAGGUACGCAGAUAGAGUGCGUUCUGAUAUGGCUCGAAGAAAAGGUUUGAAGAUAUCAUACUUUCGUAGACUAAUGGAGAGCGAGCCAUAUUUGAGCAAUGAUCCGCUAUGUGUUUGCAACUUGCAUGAGGAGAGCGAGAAUUAAAUAAAGUCAUGCAGCAGAUCUUAUGACGUUUGUUUAUGUAAAUUAAUAAUUAACCUGAAGUUUUGAGCUUCGAAGGUUUGUUAUAUAAUGGAUCAAGUGCUCGCGAAGUCAGCAUCUUGUGUUCAAGUUGCUAUGAUCAGAGAAGCUCAAAUUCCUGUGCCUGUCACAGAUUGGUUCCCUUUCAUGACUCCUUUGCAUGUAUGGUCAGUCUUGUGGCCUGUGAUGAACCAAAAGCACUGAACCCCAGGGAUCUCCCUCCUUGCAACUCUGUGUUCUUGCUUCGGCAUCAAUAUAUUGUAAGAGCCCAUGGCCAUGCAAGGGGGAGCUCGAAAAUUACAUAAUAUUUGAUGGCAUGAUUGUAAUUGCAUAAGAUAGUUCUCUAAAUAAAAAUAAUCCGGAUGCUAUAUAUAUUUUUUUAGCGUGA